CCUAACAAAGAGCGCUUUAGCCUCUGGGGUGGACGUGCCUCGUCAUUAGCUGUUUAUCUCCUCCCACCUGKACCUGUCUGACCUUUAACCCAGCCUCCUGCUCCUUUGAACCGGACUGUUCUCUUUGACAGUAUGAGCGAGAAGAGAGGAUGUCCCUUUCAACUGCUGAACCGUGCGCASAGAGACUACGGUGGUAGUGGUGGUGGAGGAUCCAAGACCUUCGGGCCAAAUUGUCAUGCCACCACCAGCCUUACCAACCCGGGACCGAGCCCCAUGGGUAGGAGCCAAGGCAUGGGCACCAUGGACAGUGACAGGUCCCUGGCCCUGGAUGAGGCUGCCGCUGCUGCUGCUGACAGUACAYGCUACUCUCCUGUUUCACUGAAACUGGAGCCCACAGCGGUGAAUAAUGGAUCAAACACUCCCUCCAGCGCGCAGACGGACACAAAGGACCCACCGCUGCAGAUCGACGGCCGGCCCCCUGCCUACUGCCCUAACUCUCCUCUCCCUCCAGCCAGCCGGCUGCGCUCCACCAUACACUCCCAGAGCCCCUACGUCACCAAGACUAGCAUGCAGGGGGAUGUCUACAACUUCCUAGAGAGACCCGCUGGAUUGAGAUGCUUCCUCUACCACUUCUUGGACUUUGAGCGSCCCCACAAACUGCGGGCUCAGCUUCCAGCAGGGCAGGCGGAGGGGCAGGUCCUUCGUAGAAAGCCAGACCCUGUCAACGGGGUGAAAGACCGGGGCCACACUGCUGAGAUUGUCCUGGUGCUGUUCUUUGGGACAGAGUAUGUGGUGCGGCUCUGGUCUGCCGGCUGCAGGAGCAAAUAUGUGGGGAUCAAGGGACGACUCCGCUUCAUCAGGAAACCCAUUUCUAUCAUAGAUCUGAUAGUGGUUAUUGCCUCCGUCGUAGUGCUGGGUGUAGGCUCCAAUGGCCAAGUGUUUGCAACAUCUGCUAUCAGGGGAAUCCGCUUCCUCCAGAUUCUACGCAUGCUGCACGUGGAUCGUCAGGGAGGAACAUGGAGGCUUCUGGGAUCGGUAGUCUUCAUCCAUAGACAGGAGCUGAUCACCACGCUGUACAUCGGCUUCCUGGGGCUGAUUUUCUCCUCCUACUUUGUGUACCUGGCGGAGAAGGAUGCUGUGGACGAGGAGGGCAAGACUGGCUUCUCCAGCUACGCUGAUGCCCUGUGGUGGGGAGUGGUGACGGUGACCACCAUUGGCUAUGGGGACAAGAUUCCUCAGACGUGGAUAGGGAAGUGCAUUGCCUCCUGCUUCAGCGUCUUCGCCAUCUCCUUCUUCGCUCUGCCUGCAGGUAUACUGGGCUCGGGCUUUGCUCUGAAGGUGCAGCAGAAACAGAGACAGAAACAUUUCAACAGACAGAUCCCGGCUGCAGCCUCACUAAUCCAGACGCUGUGGCGCUGCUAUGCAGCAGAGAAACCAGAAGGCUGUCCCGCCACCUGGAAGAUGUAUGUCCUCACCGGAGACUACAUUCUCCCCAUUAACUCUGAAAACAACAACCCAAACCUCAGAAACAAGGAAAGCCCUGGUGAUGCAUUAUUGUGUCUGUCUGUGUUGAACAAGCGCACCAAGAGGAAACUGAAGAUGGUUCGUGACAAUGGCUCCAUGACCAUCCUUGGAGCGAGGAAGAUGUCCAUUCCUCAGAUCACCUUCGACCACAUCGAAGAUAACGAUGAGAAGAAAGAGGUCCCCUUCUUUCUAGAAGAACCCAAAGAUGACGCGGCGUUGGACCACUUCGAGGAGUUCACCCGUCGCUUCCGGGCCGUUUUCGACCAUCCGCCCAAAGGGAGAGCGGCGGGAGAACGGCUCUUCCAUUUGAGGAAGGGGACGAGGAGCGCCCUGGAAUUCCGGACCUUGGCCGCUGGAGCAGGCUGGAGCGACAGGGCCCUCAUCGACCAAUAUCGGUGCAGCCUGCGAGAGGACGUCCGACGAGAGCUGGCCUGCAGGGAUGCCACCAUCUCUUUCGACCAACUGGUGAAUUUGUCCUCACCUCAUCGCAAACAGGCUAGGGCAGUGCCGUCCAGGACAAACACUGGCCCAACAAUAGGAGCUCUGCUGGGGGGAGCUGGGCAGCAGACACCCCCUAGCACUGACUUCUCCAUGGUCCUGGUGAUGCUGGAGUCACAGUGGAGUGGGGCGGGGGUGGGAUGGGUGAUCUGUUGA